AUGUUGACCGGAAGGAUCACAGCUUUGUCAAGAUUUAUCUCCAAAUCAUUCGACUGGAGCCUGCAGUUCUUCAAAAUUUUGCGGCGAGCAACCAAGUUCCACUGGGACGAAGGGUGUGACCGGGCCUUUGAAGAACUCAAACAAUAUCUCAGUUCCUUGCCUAUUUUGGCCAAGCCGAUCGUAGGAGAGCCUCUCUGGAUUUAUUUAUCAUCCACCGAGUAUGCGGUUGGAUCAACAUUAAUUAGGCAAGAGGAAGGAAUACAGCAACCAGUGUACUUUUUGAGCCACAUAUUAAAAGAUGCCGAGUUGCGUUACACUGGUCUUGAAAAGCUCGCUUAUGCAUUAGUUCUUGCCGCUCGAAGACUCCGGCCUUAUUUCCUGGCUCACUCCAUAAUCUUAAUGACCAACAGCGCCUUGGGUCGAGUACUGCUCAACCCUGAGGCAUCGGGUCGGCUAAUCAAGUGGACUACUGAGCUCAAUGAGUUUGAUAUCCAGUGCCAACCCCGGUCGGCCAUAAAAGCCCAAGCACUGGCGGACUUCAUCACGGAAGUGCAAAGUCCUGAGCCAGAAACCGCAUGGAGGGUGUACGUGGAUGGAUCAUCAGCUCGUCAGGGAAGCGGAAUUAACAUCUUACUCAUAUCUCCAAGAGAAGAUCGAAUGCAGUUAUCCAUUCGGCUGGACUACCGAGCCACCAACAACGAAGCUGAGUAUGAAGCGCUCAUAGUCGGUCUGCAAGCUGCUCGGCAUGUCGGUGCCACCAAGGUACUCCUACACUCAGACUCACAGUUGGCGGCCCAGCAGCUAAACGGAAUGUUCGAGAUCAAUAGCGCGCGGCUCAGGCUAUACGCGGAGGCAUUCGAAAGGCUCAAGGGGAGUUUCCUGGAGGUUGUUAUACAGAAGAUUCCCCAGUCAAAAAACCAAGUAGCAGACGAGCUGGCCAAGCUAGCCAGCACAGUAAUUUCGGUCGUCGUCAGUGGCCCAAUCGAACAGGUCUCCCUAGUGGCUCAUGUUGACCGAUCGGGAGGAAUACCACUUCCGGAAGAUUGGAGGACGCCCAUCAUUGAGUUCCUCCAGUCGGGGGGUCAGUUGGGGAGCCGAGAGGCCGAUCGAACUCUACGGAAGCGAGCCGCUCGAUUCACAUUAGUGGGCGAGCAGUUAUAUAAAAAGGCGUUCUCGCGUCCCCUGCUCAAGUGUGUGGGUGCUGAAGAUGCUGAAUACAUCAUUCAAGAAGUGCAUCAAGGUUCUUGCGGGGGACAUCCGGGAGGACGAUCACUGGCAAAGAAGAUUAUUCUGGUAGGAUAUUUCUGGCCGACACUCCAAGAGGAUGCGAGCCGCAGGGUGGCCACCUGUUUGUCCUGUCAAAAGUAUCACAAUUUGACACACAGGCCGACCGCCGAAAUAAAAAUGUCCACAGUCGCAUGUCCGUUCGACCAAUGGGGGAUGGACAUAGUCGGCCCUUUUCCUAUGACAACCGGCUAA